CCAUUUUUGCUUAAUUACUUCAUGAUUCCCUCUAUUCUAUUUUUUAAUCCUCUUCAUAGUCCUAGUGUUCCUCUAAUUUCAAAAACUUGUUUUGAACUGAGCUAGUUUCUUUAACAAUCCCUGUUAGUCACGGUAUUAGUAAUCUAGCUCUUGUUUGAAAAUGGUUUGAUCGUUUUCACGAGAUCGUUGAAGUGCAAAAAUGAUGUGAAGUCGGGUAAUUGACCUGGCUGGUCAGACCAUGUGGACCAGUUGAUCUGGGAGCUGGUCAAAGAACCAUAUUGAUCACCAUUCUGAUUGGAGAAGGAUUGGUGAAGGUCUCUCCAGAGGUUUCUGAAGCUUUGUCGUGUGGGCAUGCUGUUGUUGCCUUGGAAUCCACUAUUAUUUCCCAUGUUUAUGUCUCUGGAUGUGGCAAAAUGUAGCUCAUGUCUUUUUGACUCAUGUUUAGGGAUGCCAUAUCCUCAAAAUUUGGAGACAGCAAAGGAGGUUGAAGCAAUUGUGAGGAAGAAUGGAGCUGUUCCUGCUACAGUUGCAAUUUUAGAUGGCAAACCAUGCAUAGGUUUAAGCAUGGAAGAGUUGGAGAGACUUGCUACUCUGGGAACUAGAGCACAAAAAACUGCUCGGAGGGAUAUUGCUCAUGUGGUGGCCUCCAGAGGAAAUGGUGCAACUACUGUUUCUGCAACCAUGUAUUUUGCUUCUAUGGUUGGUAUCUCGGUGUUUGUUACUGGUGGAAUUGGAGGAGUACAUAGACAUGGCGAACAAACAAUGGAUAUAUCCUCUGAUCUCACUGAGCUUGGCAGGACUCCAGUCGCUGUUAUCUCUGCCGGAGUGAAAUCUAUAUUAGAUAUUCCAAGAACCCUUGAAUAUUUGGAAACUCAAGGAGUUUGUGUUGCUACUUAUAAGACAAAUGAAUUUCCUGCUUUUUUCACAGAAAAAAGUGGCUGUAAGGUAACUUGUCGUGUAGACACCCCAGAGGACUGUGCUCGGUUGAUAGAUGCUAAUAUGAAACUUAAGCUUGGGACUGGAAUUUUGAUUGCUGUUCCGAUCCCAAAAGAGCACUCAGCUUCUGGAAACAUGAUCGAGUCUGCCAUACAAAGUGCCCUUAGAGAAGCCAGGGACAAGAAUAUAACAGGAAAUGCUGAAACCCCCUUCUUGCUUGCAAGAGUGAAUGAAAUAACUGGAGGUGCCUCACUGGCGUCAAAUAUUGCACUUGUAAAAAAUAAUUCUCUUGUUGGCGCAAAGAUUGCAGUAGCCCUGGCUCAGCUCAGGGAACGUGAACAUUCUAAUAGAGGCAAAAAUCACGAAAGGGAAGACGUUUUGAGCAUUAAGAAUUGUUUUCAUAGUGAAGGCACGUGUCUACACAAGAUGAUAGCUUCUUUGGCAAACAACUGAUGCUCCCAGUAGUGUGACCCUUCACUCUGUGUUUGAUCUCCAAGCAUCUGGAUGUUUGUCUUUUCAAGAGAAGGAUGAUUGAAGUGUGUUUUUCCUCUGUGAUCUAGGUCUUCUUCCAAAUGCAUUAACUCGUUUGUAUUGGUAAGAAUAGUUUGUGAUGUUACGAAAAAGUUGGAAAAGAUGGGGAUAAAUAUUGUUAUAAUAAUUUAAUACUUGUCCUAUAACGUUCAGGACAAAAUAAAUUAAAGGCAACAUUUUUGUUAUUAUUA